AUGACAGCCGUCCUUUCUCAGAACCCAUGGGGCGCCUUCGACUUCCCCCGUGCAAUUUCGGUUCGCUGGCCCAUGGAUGACAGCGCUCAUGUGCAGUCGAUCCGGGAGGGAUUUCGAAUCAAUUGGAUGAACAUGCGCGAUGCCCUUACUGGACAAGUUCUGUGGGAGAGUGGCGAGUGGGAUUGUGGUCUCGACGAGUUGGAGGCUCAAGUUCCUCGAGAAAUUCUCAGCUGCAGACAGGUAUCCCGCGAGCUCAACUUUUCCUCCGUUGAAGUUAUGACGAGCUUAAGACUGGUGCAGUCGGUCAUUUUCAAAGGCGAGCCGUUGGAGGAGUGGAACUUCCAUUUUGGUUUCGUCAUACCAAACUCGACGAACACCUGGCAACAAACGAUAGAGGCUGCCGAAGAGGAGGAGAUGCUUCCUGCAGAGCUGUUGUCGGGAAAUGUGAUCAUAGAGACAACAUUUCUGGAUGGCGAUUGUCCCAUCAUGACUCAAAGGGUGCGCAUCUGGUAUGUGUGA